CAGGAGGCUGGAAACAUACCCUCUCCCUCUCUCCUUUCCAAUUUAGUACUAUAUUUACAAAAAAAAAAGGAAAAACUAAGCAUGAUUUCAUCACUUCUCAGUAUUUAUAACUCAACGACCAGAUGGGCAAAACUUUAAGAAAACCCAUCCCAACAGUGUGUUGUUAUUUUAAUCAGCUCGUGCUUAGAAACUCAAGGUGUCAGACACAUAAAACCAAGGUGGAGUUUUAGAAGCUGCGAGGACGAGAGGAUAGAGAGGGAGAGAGAGAUAAGAAACACAGAUAAAGAGAGGAGAGAAGCCUUAGUUUUGUUAUUUUUGGGGGUUCAAGAGCUUUGGAAAUGGUGAGAAAUUGAAUGCGGUUGCUUAGAGUGGUGAUUAUGUGCUGGAUGGAUACAAGAACUAGGAAUAGACGGGGUUAUUUUGAUCACAGAAGAAGACAGCAUCAAUGUACACAACAAACAAAUACUACAACGACUGCAGAUUUGGCAAAAGAAACAAGACAGGGAAAUUUCUCAAACAUGGCUUCUAGUUGGUGUUAUAAGAAGAUGUCACCAAUCAUUUCAGUUUUUUUAUGCUUUCUUCUUGUUGCUUCUUCAAAUAUCUGUCCUGUUUUCUCCUCGGAAACCCGCAGUGGCCAUGCAACCAACCAAACUUUCCGACCCCAAGAAGAGCUACAAAAGUUGAAGAUUAUAAGAGAGCGUCUUGAUAAGAUUAACAAGCCCGCUGUCAAGUCAAUUCAGAGUCCUGAUGGUGAUCUUAUAGACUGUGUUUUGUCCCAUCUGCAACCAGCUUUUGAUCACCCUCAACUGAAAGGACAAAAACCGUUGGAGCCUCCAGAGAGACCUAAAGGUCAUGAUCCAUCAAGCAUGGUAACGGAGAAUUUUCAAUCGUGGGGUUUGUCUGGUGAAUCAUGCCCAGAAGGGACAGUUCCUAUCAGAAGAACAACUGAACAAGACAUGCUAAGAGCAAGCUCCGUUCGAAGAUUUGGCAGAAAACUAAGAAGGCAUGUUAGAAGAGACACUAACAGCAAUGGCCAUGAGCAUGCGGUUGGAUAUGUGACCGGCGAUCAGUAUUAUGGAGCAAAAGCCAGCAUAAAUGUGUGGGCACCCAGGGUUUCUAACCAAUAUGAAUUCAGCUUGUCACAAAUGUGGGUCAUUUCUGGUUCAUUUGGCGAUGAUCUCAAUACCAUUGAAGCUGGCUGGCAGGUUAGCCCAGAACUAUACGGGGACAACUAUCCACGGUUCUUUACAUACUGGACUACUGACGCUUAUCAAGCGACUGGAUGCUACAACUUGCUAUGCUCAGGCUUUGUUCAAACCAACAGUAGAAUUGCUAUUGGGGCUGCUAUCUCUCCAACAUCUUCCUACAGUGGAGGGCAGUUCGAUAUUAGCUUAUUGGUUUGGAAGGAUCCGAAGCAUGGAAAUUGGUGGCUAGAAUUCGGAAAUGGGGUUCUAGUAGGGUAUUGGCCAUCAUUUUUGUUCACUCACCUAAGGGAUCAUGCAAGCAUGGUACAAUUUGGUGGAGAGAUUGUUAACUCUAGGCCAUCAGGAUUCCACACUUCUACACAAAUGGGAAGUGGCCACUUUGCGGGAGAAGGUUUUGGAAAAGCCUCGUAUUUUAGAAAUUUGCAGGUUGUUGAUUGGGACAAUAACUUAAUUCCAUUGUCAAAUCUAAGGGUAUUGGCUGAUCAUCCGAAUUGCUAUGAUAUACAAGGAGGUAUUAAUAGAGUUUGGGGUAAUUAUUUUUACUAUGGAGGACCUGGAAGAAAUGUGCGAUGUCCCUAAGGGAUUAAUGGUAUAGGGUGGGAUUUUUUUUCUUCUUUUUUUCCUAUUUUUUCUUGUUGGGUGAUAUGGGUUUCAUCUCGAGAUCACUCAGUCGGUUUGGGCUAUUCUUAUAUUUAUCUCCUUGUUAAUCCAAAUUGUUUUGCCUUUCUUCUCAGCUAACAGUCAUUAGGCGAUUUAUCAAGUAUACCUCCUCUAGGUACUGAUGUAAAUGUGGGGAAAAAAACAAAAGAACAAGAAAUAUUAGUGAAUAUACUAUGGUUUGUGAUCAA